AUGGCCGACCCGUUCGAAGUGCGCAUGCGCUUCACGAAUCUCCUCACGCACCUCUCUGCGUCCGCCACGGCGGCCAUAAAGACGGCGCACUACGCGCUCAAACACCGGGACAUGGACGAAGACCUGCACUCGUGCAUCCUGGAGAACCUCGAGCGGGGCAACACCAACAUGAACAACCGCGCCAACAUCAUGUACUUUCUCGAACACCACGCCGACAUCAACAUGAAGGAGGGCGGCCACGAGGCCUACGUCGAGAUGGUCAAGAGGGACAUUGCGCGGAUCGUGGACGCGGUCGCGCAGAGCGGCGCCAACGUCAAGGUCGUGAGGCGCGUCGUCACGGGACUGGGCGAGAAGGGCGUUCUCUCCGCCCAAGUCAUCGGCACGAUCGAGAGUGGACUCAAGGACAAGGAGGAGAAGCUGGGGAACCUCCUCCGAGACGAGGAUGGCGAGCCCGAAGCAGCAGCCGGCAAGGAUGCUAUGGACGUGACUGCUGCCGAGGGCGGUGCGGGCGACGGUGCUCAGAAGCCAACGCCGCGGACCGGAGCAGAACGUUCCAGCAAGCCAAACGGUGUGUCGAGGAUGGAUAAGCGGGCAAUCGAGCAGCGGAUUGAAGAGGACAGAGAGCGGAACAAACGACUACGGGAAAGUGUCUGGGCUGUCACGGGUGAUGAUGAUCAGGAAUUAGACAAAAUGUGGGAAGAGGGUGCAUUUCUGGGUGAAGACGAGCAUGUCAUUGCUGGAGAAGAAGCUGAAGAACGUCUUCAGUUCGUCUGUUAUCAUCGAGCUCUCGCUACCUGA